GCGGCGCGCAGAGGCAGGAUGAUGGACGUUAACAGCAGCGGCCGCCCGGACCUCUACGGGCACCUCCGCUCUUUCCUUCUGCCCGAGGUGGGGCGCGGGCUGCCGGCCCUGAGCCCCGACGGCGCCGGCCAGGUGGCGGGUUCCUGGGCGCCGCACCUGCUGCGCGGCGACCCCGAGGUGACGGCCAGCCCCGUGCCCACCUGGAACGCGCCCCCGGACAAUGUCUCUGGCUGCGGGGAGCAGAUCAACUAUGGCAGAGCCGAAAAAGUUGUGAUCGGCUCCAUCCUGACGCUCAUCACGCUGCUCACGAUCGCGGGCAACUGCUUGGUGGUGAUCUCGGUGUGUUUCGUCAAGAAGCUCCGCCAGCCCUCCAACUACCUGAUCGUGUCCCUGGCUCUGGCCGACCUCUCGGUGGCCGUGGCGGUCAUGCCCUUCGUCAGCGUCACUGACCUGAUCGGGGGCAAGUGGAUCUUUGGCCACUUCUUCUGCAACGUUUUCAUCGCCAUGGACGUCAUGUGCUGCACGGCCUCGAUCAUGACCCUGUGCGUGAUCAGCAUCGACAGGUAUCUGGGGAUCACAAGGCCGCUGACAUACCCGGUGAGGCAGAAUGGGAAAUGCAUGGCCAAGAUGAUCCUCUCUGUCUGGCUACUGUCGGCCUCCAUCACCUUACCCCCGCUCUUUGGCUGGGCCCAGAACGUCAAUGAUGACAAGGUGUGUCUGAUCAGCCAGGAUUUCGGCUACACUAUCUACUCCACUGCGGUGGCAUUUUAUAUCCCCAUGUCGGUUAUGCUUUUCAUGUACUACCAGAUCUACAAGGCCGCCAGGAAGAGCGCGGCCAAGCACAAGUUCCCGGGCUUCCCGCGUGUGGAGGAGCCAGACAGCAUCAUCUCCCUGAACGGCAUAGUCAAGCUCCAGAAAGAGGUGGAGGAGUGUGCAAACCUUUCCAGACUCCUCAAACACGAAAGGAAAAAUAUUUCCAUCUUUAAGAGGGAACAGAAAGCAGCCACCACCUUGGGGAUCAUCGUCGGGGCUUUUACAGUGUGCUGGCUGCCCUUUUUCCUCCUCUCGACGGCCAGGCCCUUCAUCUGUGGCACUUCCUGCAGCUGCAUCCCGCUGUGGGUGGAGAGGACAUUUCUGUGGCUGGGUUAUGCAAACUCUCUCAUUAACCCUUUUAUAUAUGCCUUCUUCAACCGGGACCUGAGGACCACCUAUCGCAGCCUGCUCCAGUGCCAGUACCGGAAUAUCAACCGGAAGCUGUCGGCUGCCGGCAUGCACGAGGCGCUGAAGCUUGCAGAGAGGCCAGAGAGAGCUGAGUUUGUGCUGUAAGACAAAACUCUGACUACUGUAGAAAAAAAAGUCAUGAUUCAUGAUCAAAAGCGGCAUAAUGGAGAUGAAAUAAACAAGGCAAGACAGAGGUGGACACAGAAUGCAAUCAUUUGCUGAGACAACGAAGUGGAAUGCGACUUCUGUCCUUCCUUGAGAUGACUAAAACAUGACGAGCAGGGUGAUCUGUUGUACAAAGUAUAUGACCAGGGAGAGGGCGACCUCUCCUUUCUUCCCCCCUGUGGAUCAGUGCUAUUAUAUGCAAAUGGAAUUAGUUCUCAGUUUGAGACAGACUGAUCAGCUCAGCACUAAGUGCACAAAUAGAAUUGAGUUCCAGAAAAGGAACAGUUUAUGGUGCUUUGUGUAUGUUCAAGUUCAUGCAAGCAGAAGAAAGUUCCAAUGCACAUUUCCCCAUCCUUCCAAGUCUAGGCAUUGUGGUGAAUAUUCAGGAACCAUUCAUGAGACAGAAUGUAUUUUUUCCUUGUAGGCCAGAAGAGUGUUUCCCCAAGCAAACUGCGGUGAGCCUCGUGUUGAAUAUGUUGCAUGUCCAUGUUAGCAAACUGAGUCCUGUUGUCAGCUAAUACAAAUGAUUUCCCAGAGCAGUGUCUGCUUAGAGCUUCUGUCAAGGAGUCUGACUUUUCUGCAGGGUCCCUCUGACUUCCCCACUACAGCCCUUUGUGCACUCAUGUACUGUUAUGGUAUAACUCAGAAACAGAGUUCAGGAUGGAGAGAAUCAUAAAACCUGAGGGAAAACCUUCCCUUGUGCUGACACUUCUGUGGAGAGGUCCUGAGAUGUAAGGGAGUUUCCUUCUGUGAGGGUUGUUACCUGGAUGAAGAGUGAGUGCUCCUUAGCUGCGUAGCCUAUCCACAUAGCUAGUAACACAGAAUGUUGUCCUUUCACAUGUGUGCAGUGAGCCCGUGAGUGUGUUCAUAACUCUCUCCCCUCCUCCCUUUUUGGAGGAAGUAUGAGAGCAAAGGGAUUUCCAUGAAAGCUUCUGAUUUGUCCCUAUGUUCAACGGCAAUGUGUUGAUUCUUAUUGAGUAGUGUUGUGCCAGACAGAUCUGUGGCUAAACGUGGUCACUGGGAACAUGGUUGGGAAAUGUUUCAGAAUAACAUUCUACUCCAUCUAGAAGAUUAUCUCUGUAUUCUCUGCUUCUUAGAUCAAAUGUGUGACUGACCAAUUCUAUUUUCCUCUCGCCUCCAAGUGAUAGAUACUAAGAGUAAGUAAGGAAAGAGAGAAGAUUCCUUUAUGGAUAUAUAGAGAUAUAUUUUUUCCUUUAUUAAGGGGUUCAUGGUUUACAGUACCCUUGUUGAUACAUGGGUACAGUGUCUCAUCUCUCUGUGACUGGUGUUUACAAAACACUCUCACCCCUAACUUAGGCCCUUUUCCAUUGUCAUGCAUCAGGACACCAAUGCCCAGCUGCCGUCUCUUUUUCCCCAGAAUCCUUUGCUUUGGUGCAAUACAUCAAACCCAGUCCAAGUUUUUGUUUUUUGUUUUUAAAUUUAUUUUAUUAUCUGAAUUUAUUUAUUGAAUAGAGGCAGCCAGAAAUCAAAAGGGAAGGGAGAUAGAGAGGGAGAGAGACAGACACCUGCACCCUUACUUCACUUGCAAAGCUUUCCCCUUGCAGGUGGGGACCUGGGGCUCAAACCUGGGUCCUUGCACACUGUAACAUGUGCACUCAACCAGGUGCACCAUCACCUGGCCCCUGCUUUUUUUUUUAUGUUACUGUGAUGUUAGUGAGGGUGUUGAAGAGUAACUAGGGGAAACCUGGAUGCAAACCUUCAUUUGAUAAGAAAGAGCUGAAGGAGAAUGUUAUUUCCUUAUAAUAAGUAUAGCUGUUCUCUCACAGGACAAUGUGGAAUUCACUGUGGGCUGCAGAUUUCAUCUAAUUGUCACUGCUUCUUACUAGAAACAGGGAGGGAUUGGCCUUCCUGACAGGGGAGGUGGGCACUGCUCUUUCAGACAAAGCUUGUACAGGUUCUUGAACCUCAGAUUUGCUAACGUGACUGUAUAUACUUAUAUUCAUAAUUUAAAUGAUUAAUUAUGGUCAGAUAAAUGUUAAAUUUGAAGAUGCUUUAUUAUAUUACAUCAAAUAAAGCUUAUUUGUAGCUGUAAUAAAGCAAAUUAAGUAAUGAUUUUUACUUGAUGGUCUGAUGUGAUAAAUGUUGCUAUAUGCAGAACACC